UGCAUGCAGCUGGUGGUUGGCUCCUACGUGGUUGGCAGCCUGAACGCCUUGGUGCACACCACAGCUCUCCUCCAGCUGUCCUUCUGUGGCCCAAAUGUGCUGAAACAUUUCUACUGUGAAAUCCCACCGCUCCUGCAGCUCUCGUGCUCUGACACCUGGCUCAACCGGGUCUUGAUGCUCUCGUGUGCGGGCUUCCUCGUUGCCUUCUUGGCCUUGGCCAUCCUUGUCUCCUACACAUUCCUCCUGCUCACCGUCUGCAGCAUCCGCUCUGCGCAGGGCCGGCACAAAGCCUUCUUCACCUGCACCUCCCAUCUCACCGCCGUCAGCCUCUUCUGUGGCUCCGCAGCUUUCUUGUACCUCCACCCUCUCUCCAGUCGCGCGGAAGAGGAAAGGAAAACAGCCUCCGUCUUCUACACGGUGGUGACCCCCAUGCUCAACCCCUUCAUCUACAGCCUGCGGAACACGGAGGUGAGGAGUGCUCUGAGCAGAGCUGUGAGGAAGGUCCCCUCCUGCAGCCAUUGCCAGCAGUCUCCCUUCAGCCACAUACUAACAGGUGCCACACAUCAUAGCAGAUCGUUGGACGCCUGA